AUGCCGCUGACGACCAGCUCGAUCACUCCCUUGGAAUUCGAACCUUCGCGGUUUGCCAGUAGACGAAGCGUGGUACACAGCACCAAGGGCAUAGUAUCAUGCACGCAGCCUCUAGCCGCCAAGUGCGGCAUCGACAUUCUCAACGCCGGUGGGAACGCAGCUGAUGCCGCUGUCGCAGUUGCCGCUGGUUUGAACAUGACGGAGCCCUGCUCUACCGGCAUCGGCGGCGACAUGUUCUGCCUGUACUACGAUGCAGCAACCGGAAAGGUCUCGGCUCUGAACGGAUCGGGACGGUCUGCCAAGAACGCCACCCUUGAGAGCGUCCGUAGCGAUCUCGGGCUCAAGGACGGCGACAAAGGGAGCAUCCCCAUUGCCAGCCCCCUCGCCGUGACCGUUCCUGGAGCCGCUGCCGGAUGGGUCGACACAGUCGAGAGGUUUGGCAGCGGCAAGCUGAGCCUGGAGCAGAUCCUUGCGCCCGCCAUCGCGCUCGGGGAAGCGGGCUUCCCCGUCUCCGAGAUAGCAUCCUACAUGUGGAACCGGUCGGAACAAUUGCUCCGUGAUGCCUCUCCCAACUUCCGGGAGCUGCUCAAGGUGGACCCACAGGCCAAGGACGGCUGCCGCGCCCCCAAGCCCGCCGAGAUCAUGAGGAACCCGAACCUGGCCAAGACCUUCCGCACCCUCGCCGCCGAGGGCAAGAAGGGCUUCUACACGGGCCGCAUCGCCGAGGAGAUCGUCAAGGUCUGCAAGGACCGCGGCGGCCGCCUUGAGCUCGACGACCUCGCCCACCACGGCGAGACCGGCAGCGAGCCGGUCGAGCCCAUCUCGGUCAAGUUCAGGGCGCAGGGCGUCGGCAGGAUCCUCGCCCAGAGCUCGUCGGACCCGCAGACCAAGGAGGCCGACGCUGGCGUCGAGCUCUGGGAGCACCCGCCCAACGGCCAGGGCAUCGUGGCCCUCAUGGCCCUCGGCAUCAUCCAGGAGCUCGAGAGGGCGGGAACGAUCCCCGUUUUCGGCCCGGAGGACUUCAACACGGCGCCGUACCUGCACGUCGUCAUCGAGGCCCUGCGCAUCGCCUUCGCCGAUGGGUCCUGGUACGUCACCGACCCCAACACGACCAAGGUCCCCGCCGCCGAGCUCGUCUCGCCGGCCUACCUGGCCGAGCGCGCCAAGCUGUUCGACCCGGCGCGUGCCUCCGACGUCCUGCACCACGGCGACCCCUACCGCUCCCCGGCGCUGCAGUCGAGCGACACGGUCUACUUUGCCUGCUCCGACAGCCGCGGCAACGCCAUCUCCUUCAUCAACUCCAACUACACCGGGUUCGGCUCGAGCAUCGUGCCCCGCGGGUGCGGCUUCACGCUGCAGAACCGCGGCGCCAACUUCAGCCUCGACCCGGAGCACCCGAACCGGCUCGAGCCCGGGAAGCGGCCCUACCACACCAUCAUCCCGGGCCUCGUGACCAACCUGCCCGACCGCUCGCUGCACUCCGUCUUCGGCGUCAUGGGCGCCUUCAUGCAGCCCCAGGGCCACGUGCAGACGCUGCUGGGCCAGCUCGUCGGCGCGCUGACGCCGCAGGAGGCGCUCGACGCGCCGCGCGUGUGCAUCGGCGCCGGCUCGCCCGAGGAGGGCGACGUGUACGACCGCACCGUCUACUGCGAGGAGGGCAUGCCCGCCGAGGCCGUGGCCGGGCUGCGCGCGCUCGGCCACGAGGUCCGCGUGGUGGCGGGCGUGGCGCGGGGCAUGUUUGGCCGCGGCCAGAUCAUCCGCUGGUCCGUCGACCCCGUCGACGGCACCGGCGUGUGGUCUGCCGGCAGCGACGCCAAGGGCGACGGCGCGGCGUUUCCUGCGUAG